UCUGUUUGUGAACGAUCGCCCUUGUCAUGUGAGCACAAUGUGAUCAGUUUGGUCCCAUUCGUUGCUGUCGUGGUGGUAGGAAAAUUGAGGAAUCUUUUCUUUUGAAGCGGUUUGUUUGCAACAUUACCAAGGACAUGGACAUUUUUAUUGUAAGAAAGCACUUGAAAGACCUCUGUUGCACAAAACAAAGAAAAACAUAUUGAAUAUGUCAAUAAAUAUUCAAAUGAUGGAGGUUACAGUGAAGGUUUGGAACAUUUCUAUGCUCUCUAAGCUCCAUAUUUUCCAGAGUUAUAUUCUAGUAUUUUUGCUAGAUGGUCAAAAGUGUCAAAAGUGGUACAAAAUGUCAAAACCCAAAUGGAAGGCAAAAAUAAAGUAAGGAUUGGAAACCCCCAUUUGGCUGAUGUCGAUGAAGAUAAUUUUCACCAUCUUGGAUUCACUUCAUCAGGAGCAAAUAUAAAAGAAGAAUAUUCUGAUAUUAAGUUUAUUUGCAUCAGUGGAAGCGACAAUAGAGUCCUUAGAUUUGCUAAAUAUCUUCAGUCAACUCUGAAUAUAAACAAAGAUGUAGAACUACAGAAUAGGUGCCUCACAGACAGAUAUGUAAUGUAUAAAGUUGGACCUGUUCUUGUAUUAAGUCAUGGCAUGGGUAUUCCUUCUGCAUCCAUUCUACUUCAUGAAGUGUUUAAGUUAUUGCAUUAUGCUGGUGCAACAGAUGUAGUGCUUUUCAGGAUGGGAACAAGUGGUGGUUUAGGUGUGAAAGAAGGUACUGUUGUAGUAACAAAACAGGCAGUGGAUGGCCUGUUACGACCAUUCCAUGAACAGAUGAUUCUUGGUGGCAUUGUCAGACACCCCACUGACAUUGGAUCUGUUGUCUCUGAUGAACUUGCAUCAUAUAGUAGUGAAAAUGAUUUCCACUUUGAUGUCGUGCAAGGAGACACGAUGUGCUGCAAUGAUUUUUAUGAAGGUCAGGGGCGUCUGGAUGGUGCUUUCUGCGAAUUCUCCAAAGAUGCAAAGAUGGACUUUUUGAAGAAAGCUUAUGCUUCAGGCGUUCGAAAUAUCGAAAUGGAAUCUCUUGUUGUUGCAUCGAUGUGCAGACGUGCUGCUAUCAAAGCUGCCAUUGUUUGCGUGACAUUUUUAAACAGGCUUGAGAGGGACCAGAUUUCAUUAGACAAGGAAAUCAUUGAUGAGUUCCAGACGAGGCCAUGGAGACUUGUUGGACAUUACAUAAAAAAGAGGCUUUCCAGUCAAUAGGUUGCCGUGUUUGUUACUGAAUGUUUUAAAAGGACCGCAAAUGAUACGAAUGGUUUUAUCUAUGAAUUUUUUGUAUUUAUUCCAAUAGAAUCCUUAGUGAAUUUGACCUGUUCGAGGCUUCGCGGCACCAUCAAGCUUGUUGUCAACAGUUUUACCUAUACUUUAGAAAAGUUGUGAUGCCUUUUCGUUGUGCAAGUGCCCAACUUAAUUAUAAAAGGCAACAUGUCUAGCUAUUCUAGCACAUAUGGCCUCUGUUAUAUUUGAGAUGCCCACAGGUGACAGCAUUUCCGGGCCUACCAUGCCCAUUUAUUCUGAUGGUGCUUUUAAAGCAGCGAAUAAAAUAUCAUUGCUUGCUGAAAUGGCCACCGUGUUGUUGCUAAAUAUUACAGCUGUUCUGUUUUCAUCAAAAAGUGAAAAGUGUUUUUUAUCCAACUGCCAUAUCAAAAUUGUUUAUGUUUUCGUACUCCACCUUUAAAAAGUGCACCCCUUUUGCCUCGACCGACACAUCAGGUUAUUUCAGAAAGCAAGGAUUUAUCUAGGAAAGUUUGAAUUAUUUAUGUAUAAGAAUUAUUCAUCUAAUUUUUCUUAUCAUCGUAUUUCGCGUGCCAUAUUUAAUGCAUAUAUGAAUAUUUCUUUACUCUUAUAAAUUAGUAUAUAUUAAACAACCUGAUAUAUCCAAUUACUGCUCAAUUUUAGCCAUUUUUCAGGCAUUUCAUGCAACACUCUUACUUAUAGGCCCUAAAUACUUUGAGAACCUAUAUGACUAUGCAUUAACAAAAAGCAGUAUCCUUAAUAAUUUCAAUCGACUGUUCUAUUUCAACAUGAAUUUGAGAGUUUUUGGCUUUUGAUUUAUUUGACUUUCCGAUCGUUUUAUAAGCAUGACGUUGCCAUUUUCGAUUGGUAUCAGAGAACGAGUAGCCUGCUUGCAGACUUUACUGUUUUCCUCGAUCAAGAGGUGUCUGUAUCACCCCCUUUCAAUCUAAAAGUCAUAUGAACCGCUUAUAGCGAUUGUACAAAAAAAAAUUUCUAAAAGUCGUUGAUCUAAGAGAAAGUAAAUUUUCCAUAUUAUUCGAAAUAUAUAAUUAUUCUCUUUUUAACUAUUUGGAUUCAUAAAGUUGAUAUUGUACGGUUUAAAAAAGAAUUAAUUGCCUUAUUUUUGCUAUUCGUGGCAGAAUUAAAUAUUUAUUAGCGUGUUUUUAGAUUUGUUUCAAUUGGGUGA